UUGCCUCAGUUAUGUUACGAAUAUAGAAACCUUCAUUUGACCGGUACUGUUGUGAAAUAUAUACAGCCCUGUAUUACUCAUCUUUACAAUUUUUAAGCGUAACAAUUGAGGUGCUACUAAAAAGUCGGGAAGUAUCCAAAUUUAAGUGGGGCCGAGUGUUUUAAAAUGAAAUAGAAAUAGCAAAAAGUGAAUCGCGAAGUUGGGCUAAAUAUAGCUGAUCGGGCGGCGCGCUGCAGGCGGCGGGCGGCGGCGAGCGACGGGUGGUGGCGGCGGGCGGCCGGCGCUGGCGACUCAGUGGCCGCGCGACCUCGCUUUGUUCUCCACUGCGCUCCGCCUCCGCGCCGUACACUACACUAUUAUUGACAAUUGUGGUCGUUGACAAAAGUUGUUACAUUAUGAUUGUUUGCCGUGUUUGACCUCUGCCCCAAUCUACUAAUUGAAUAUUUCUUACGAUGAAGGGCGUUAACAACGCUUUAAAUAUAUCGCGAUCCGUGCGAAAUCGAGGUUAAUAUGCUCUAGAUUCGGUUUUUGUUACUUCUCAUGGUUUCAGAGUGAAAGGUGAUGAACGGCGAUAUAAAAGCGGAGGCACCGCGUCCGCGACCACUCUCCGGUGGUAUUUGGACGUUGUUCUCGUGGCUCCGACGCGACGACCGCUCCAUCUCCAGCGAGAGCCUUUCCAGUGCUGGGUCUGACCGCACUGCUGUCAGCUUUGCUUUCCUAGAACCCUUGAAUUACAAGGCUGCAACAGAACCGAUCGUUUUGCCGCCGCUCAGUCCGCCCACUGAUUCUUAUAAAAAAAGGGUGCGGGAUCGAAAUUUUCGAAGGCAAAGAGAACGCAACCUAACUCUUCAUCGGAAAUACGGUUUAUUUAAAGGAGAAAACGGCGACAGAUACGACGCAUUUAGCCUUCCGUUUGACCGCAGGAAUAUAUCCGACGGCGGAAAUAAUAUUGAACGGGGACGAAGAGCCGCGAGCGAAAGCUUUCAGAGGCGAGCUCCUUACGUACCUGGUAAAAGACGUGCACCUUUGCCCCCAACGGUCACUUCUUCUCUUCCACGAAAUUUUUCAAGGAAACGACCAGCUCCUCAACCACCCAAUAGAUUAAUAGUCGACAAUAGCGUUGCUUUACGUUCUGGACCAAUGAAUCCAAAGCCUAAUUGUGAUAGACGCUCUUUACCUAACAAUGUCUCUGUGGACAUCAAUAUUGAAAAAUCUAAACAAGAAAUAAAGAAAACUGAUAAAAGUUUUUUGAAGCAAAUUUUUGACAAUAAAAAGAGAAAUUCUUCGAUAGAGUCAAAUUAUGUAAAACUAUUACCAAACAUUAGUGAAUUAGAUAAACAAGCAGCUAAAAUUAUUGAAAACAAGAAACUCAAGUUAUUGGAAGCAAAAGGAACUGUUUCUGUUAAUGACAUCGGUUCAGAUCCUUCAAAGAAUUGGAUUUGUACUCAAUGUUUUAGAAAUUACAAUAACGCGGUAUCAACUUGUUCAUAUUGUGUAUUGAAUAACAAAUAUACAGGUAAUAUCUUACAAAAUAAUCUAAAUUCAAAUGUAGCUUCAAAUAUAUACACGCAAACCGAUAAUGACUUAAGGAAAAUUGCAUCAACGAGUAAACGAAAUGAAGAAGACGAGAAGAAAAAGCUAAAGGAAAUGUUGAAGGAAAUGAAAGAUUCUCUUCCUAAGCGACCUAAACAAAAUGUAUUACCCACUGAAAGUCCUACGCUUCGAAUAGGAUCUUCGCGGGAGAAACACAUAUCUGACCCACCUACUAAAAACGAAAGCCCUUCAAAGAAACUAGAUGUAACAGUUGCUAAAGAAGAUAUUAUGCAGCCAUCCACCAGCGGGAUACAAAAUUCUGUAUUUCAUCAAAUUAAAUCGAAUGUUACAGACCAAAGUAUUAUGAUGGCAAUUUCUAAAAAUAUUGAAUCUAAGAAAGUUUCCAAUAUACCGAACGAUAUGACGAACAAAAACUCACAAGACGAACCAAUUGUUAUUACUUACAAGGAUGGUAUUCGUCAUACUACAGUACAGGAGAAAGAAUCAUUAUUAAAAACACAAGUUGAUGUUGAGGGUGCGGAAAAAAUUAAAAAAUACCAACCAACAGUUCAAAAUAAAUUACUUGAUAAUUCUAAGGCCUCAUCUGACGUAAAACCAGAAAUAUCGAACCAAUUAAAAUCAAAGAUAUCCCCAGAAAUAAAACACAAAAAUUUAACACCAGCCUUGUUUGUUAGUGAAGGAUCAAAACCAAGACCCAUAGAAAGUCUAGCUAAUCUUAAACCUGAAGUAACACUUACACAGACUUCUGUAAGUUCUUCUAUUACGAAACUGCCAACAAGUGGGAAGACACAAAAAAAGGAAAUUGAAGUCAAUACAGCAACUACUGAUACAACCUAUCUAUCAAAGCAGCGAUCGGCAGAAAACUGUCUAGAUAAAAAUGUGAAAUCCACUAAAUGUGGUGAAGAGAAAACAACUAAAACAAACGAAAAUAACAUUCAAGUUUCAAGUACGAGUAGUGCACCGAGUCUUCACACACCUUUAAGGAUUUCAUCGCUUUUGAAUCCAGUUUAUCGCCCUAUGACAUCACCUAAAUCUGCAUCGGAGGGGAAUUCAAAGAACAUUAAAGGGCCUAAACCCGAUGUUAUAUCAUUAUCAACUGCAGUCAUUUCACAGCCUCCUACAGUAUUGAUAAAUCAAAGACCUCUUAUGCCUAUCAAAGAAAUAUCGGAACCAAGUGAGAAAGAACCCGAGGAAAAGCAAAUGGCAUCACCGUCAAUUACAAAAAACCAAUAUAGCACAAAUACAUCUGUAUGUAAAGUUUUAGGGGUUACACCUUCAUCGUCCAAAGACAAGCAGGAGAAAUGUAUCAGUAAAGCGGAACAUCAUAUCAGGCGAAGACAGCUUGUGAAUCAAUUAGAACAAUCUAUAGCGACAGGUGAUGAACAAGCAGCUGCCGAAGCUGCUGUUAAACUCGCUAAACUUCGAUUGUCGUGUUCCGUUUUGUCUUUUUCUUCACAAAUCAUUGGGAAUGCCGCUAUUCCAAGAAUUAUAGAUUCUAACACAAAAGCUGCAGAAAAAAAUGAUAAAAACACGGUAGGUGGUUUAAACAGAGUUCCCAUGCAGGAGAAGGUCAAUAAUGAAUUAACAAAGCAAAAAGAAUCGUCAGAAAAACAAUCACUAGUCCCUUGUUUAAACAAAAGUGCCGCGAACGAGACUACGAACAGACCUUCUACGUCAAAAGACCAAGGAACAUCGAAAGAAGAUAAAAUCGCAAUCUCACAGAUAAAUUUAAAACAGAAGGCCUCUGGUAUAGAGUCUAGUCAUGGAGAAAAUAAGAUAAUGGCAAUCAAGAUAUGGGUUGAGGAUAAGGAAACCACUCGCGGCCCGAUACAGUUUCGAAUAUCAAAACAAGCAACGAUGGGUGAGUUGCGGCGGCAGGCGGAAGCAUCACUGGGACUCGAUUCCAAAUUACAACGUUGGAUAGUUGGCAGAACGUUAUGUUUGAAUGAUUCAACACCUUUAGCAACUCUAGCUGGUCCUGAUCUGAGUGCACCCUUCUACUUAUGUAUAGUAGAGUCUGAAACAAAGAAGGAGGUAACAGGCGAUGGCAGUAGAAACAGCGAAGAUCGGCAAAUGGGUAAUGGAGCUGGGGAGGUUUAUAAGGAACUUAUGAAGCUAGAGCAGCAAGCAAUUGUUCCAAACAUGGACGCGUUUGAAUGUGGCGUUUGCAUGGACGAAUGUGAAGCCGGGAGAGGCGUUGUACUUCGUGAAUGCAUCCAUACCUUUUGUAGAGAUUGUCUCGCUGAUGUUGUAAAGCAUUGCGAGGAGGCGGUAGUGUCGUGUCCGGCUAUCGGAUGUCCUGGAAUGCUACAAGAGCGUGAAAUACGUGCCUUGUUAUCUACCGAGGAGUAUGAGCGUUGGCUAGCUCGAGGGUUAGCCACCGCCGAAUGUGGAACUCGAAACGCAUUCCACUGUCGUACCAGUGACUGUACGGGCUGGGCUCUCUGUGAACCUGGAGUCAGAAAGUUCCCAUGUCCAGUAUGCAAAUGCAACAAUUGUGUGCCCUGUCAGGCUAUACACGACGGCGAAACAUGUGAACAUUACCAAACGAAACUUCGCACGGCCGUCACAGCAGCCCAAACGAAUGAAACUGAUGCGGGCACUAAAGCGUUGCUGGAUUCACUCAAACGCCGUGGCGAAGCUCUAGAGUGUCCGGAGUGCAGUGCCAUCAUCACAAAGAAGUGGGGCUGUGACUGGGUAAAAUGUUCGGCGUGUAAAACUGAGAUCUGCUGGGUGACGCGCGGCCGGCGCUGGGGGCCCGCAGGCCGCGGCGACACCACCGCCGGCUGCAGGUGUGGCGUCGACGGCAAACGAUGUCAUCCUUCUUGCGGUUAUUGUCAUUAAUUUAUUAUUUAUGUAUAAUCUAUUAACUAUAUCUAAAUGUGUAUUUGUAUUAAAAAUUUUACAUACAUGAAUCUACAAAUAAAGUAUAUUAUGUUUAUAGUUAA